GAUGGGAUGUUGACAGGUUGUUCCUCGAGCUACAGGAGAAGCUUCAGAGUCACCUGACCUCCGGCCGGAUCCAACAUGGCCGCCCAUCGAAUCCGAGCCACGGCCACCAACAACACGUCGCUGCCUCGCUGCCGCUCCGAGGGAACGCUCAUCGACCUCAGCGACAGCCUAUCGGAAGCCAGUCUGAACGAUGUCAAAGUGCCUUCUCCCAGUGCCUUGCGCCUGGACUCCACUGCCUCCUUCGGUGCCGCUCGGGAAGUCGUGGCCAUCAAAGACUACUGCCCCUCCAGCUUCACCACGCUAAAGUUCUCCAAAGGGGACCGCCUCUACGUGCUGGACUCGUCAGGAGGCGAGUGGUGGUACGCCCACAACAACACGGAGAUGGGUUACAUCCCGGCUGCUUACGUGGAGCCCAUCAACUUUAGGGACUCGUCUUUCAGCGACAGCGGGAUGAUAGACACCGUAGGGGACGGUAUCGAGGAGGCAGCCAAAGAAAUGGACCUCUUAGGGGAGUGGGCCGGGGUGAUUCUGAAACCCACCACCUUCCAAAAUGGGAAUCCUUUCGCUACAACCAAUACCUCGACGAACCCUUUCCUGAACGGGGGUCCUCCGAGCUCCCUUGAUCAGAACAGUAAUGAGAAAUCAGUGGACCUCUUAUUGUUUGAUACGCUCAUUCCGUCAGUGCCCAACUCCACCAGCAGCGCCACAACCAAUGGUUUCAAUAGCGUUUUUAACCCCAUUAGUCCCAGUGUAGGACCGGGACAAACGCUGCGCAGGGACAACCCGUUUUUUAGAAGCAAAAGAUCCUACAGUCUGUCCGAACUGUCGAUCCUUCAGGCUCAGUCCGACGCCCCUCAGGGCUCCUCUGGGUUCUUCGGAGGCUUGAAAGCACCGGCACCAGAGCAGUUUCAGAGCAGGGAGGACUUCCGGACAGCUUGGUUAACCCAUCGUAAGCUAGCCAGGUCCUGCCACGACUUGGACUCGCUCGGACAGAACCCAGGAUGGGGUCAAACGCAGCCGAUUGAGACCAGCAUCGUCUGCAGGUUGGACAGUUCAGGAGGCGCCGUCCAGCUUCCCGACAGCAACAUCAGCAUCCUUUUACCGGAGGGCCACGUGGCACCGGGCGACACCCAGCAGAUCUCAAUUAUAGCUCUGCUGGAUCCCCCUCUGGAGCUAAACAACGACCGCUGCACCACCGUCAGCCCCGUGGUGGAGAUCAAACUCAGCAACAUGGAGACCAAAACCACCAUCACUCUGGAGAUGAAAGUGUCCGUCGUGGUGAAGAUGGAGAGCCGGGAAACGACAGAAGUCCUGUGCGUCAGGAGUGAUUGUAAAGAAGGACCGUACAGACCGAUUCCUCAGGCGUACGUGUACGGCGACACGGUCCAGGUGUGUUUGGAUAACCUGGAGCCGUGCAUGUAUGUGUGUGUGGUGGCUCAGUCCCGGUCCUUAUCUCCAGACACCACAGUUUGGGAGAACGUGGUUAAAAAGAUAACGUUAGGAGUGUACGGUCCCAAACACAUCCACCCGUCCUUCAAGACCGUCGUGGCUAUGUUUGGUCACGACUGUGCGCCAAAGACGUUGUUGGUAAGCGAUGUGGGUAAACAGGUUCAAUCUGCUCCAUCAGUGGUGCUUCAGCUUUGGGGUAAGCACCAGUUUGUCCUGUCCAAACCCCAGGACCUCAGUGUCGGGAUUUACUCCAACAUGGCCAACUACGAGGUAAAGGCCAACGACAAGGCAAGGGUGGUACGAGGCUUCCAGGUUAAACUAGGCAAAGUCAGCAGGCUCGUCUAUAUGAUCGCCUCGCGAAACACCGACGAUGUUUCGGACUUCACUUUGAGGAUCCAGGUUAAGGACGACCUAGAUUGUAUACUGGCUCAGUUUUGUGUCCAGACGCCAACACCGCCACCCAAAACAGGGCCAAAGACAUCGGUGCAAAGGCGCUUCCUGAAGAAAAAGGAAGUGGGGAAGAUAGUCUUGUCUCCUCUCGCUGUUGCAUGCAAGUACCCCGUGUUUCAGGACAGGAGAAUAAACAACUUAAAGUUUGGAAAGCUGAUCAAAACGGUCAUCCGACAAACGAAGAAUCAGUACUUGCUGGAGUACAAAAAAGGAGACUUUGUGGCCCUGUUGAGCGAGGAGAAGAUCAAGCUGAAGGGUCAGCUGUGGACAAAGGAAUGGUACAUUGGAUAUUAUCAGGGCAAGAUGGGAUUUGUUCACGCCAAGAACGUGCUGGUGGUUGGUAAAGUUAAGCCUAUUUACUUCAGUGGGCCCGACCUCACCACUGCACUUUUACUGGAGCAGACACUGAAGCCCUGCAAGUUCCUCACGUACAUCUACGCCUCCGUACGGACUAUUCUCAUGGAGAACAUCGGAAACUGGAGGGCGUUUGCAGACGCCCUCGGAUACAUCAACCUGCCUUUGACACAUUUCUGUCGGGCCGAGCUGGACAGCGAACCAGAGCGGGUCGCAUCGGUUCUGGAGAAGCUGAAGGAGGACUGCAACAAUUCGGAGAGCAAAGAGCGAAAGUCCUUCCAGAAAGAGCUCCUAACG